CCUGGGCCGCCAUCGUGGUUGGGUCCUGGAAAUCUCUCCCCGCCGGAAGUCCAUCAGAAGGCUGGGAAUCCCACCUCGACUUUGUGGCGCCCUCAUGCACAAGGGCACAAGGAUCUUACUGUAUCCAAGAGUCAAGGCAAAUCACCACUUUCACGACACCAUGGCUCCCUGCCUGUGUUGAUCGAUGGCCGUUUCAUCACAGACUCUCUCCAACAUGGAUGAAAGCUGAAUGACGAUGUGGGAGUCAACCCUGCCAUACUCAGGAAUGCGGUCCCUCUACCCCCCUUUGCCACUGACUCGUCCGGUCCGUCAUCCGCUGUCCCGAGCCUCAUCCGACUCACCACCAACGCUUGUGACACUGCGAAAACAAAAGCAAACUCUAGGACAUGAACAUUCCGUUCCGCCUUACCUCUCAAGACCAGAUGGCAACCGUCUUGGCGGAACUAGAACCACAAUUAAGAAAUUUUCUAGAAGGCCGAGAGCUCAUCAGAAACACGGAUCCGAACCCGAUCCUGCAUGCUGAGACCAACGAGCGAAUUUCCGCUUGUCGCCUCGCCUUGCCUCGCCACCUUGAGUCGGCUUCCUCCUUGUCACGAGAAGCAAUUGCCAAGACCUCCCACUGGCGGCACAUGCCUCAACUCAUGCACCCUCCGAUUCUUCUCCGGGGCCGAG